AUGUCUUCAAAUGGGGAUCCGCCCAUACGGGAUGAACAAGAUCCAUCGCCCAACAUGGACGAUGAAUCCGGCUCGCUGGAGAACCAAGACGUACCAGCCGCUUCACCUCCAGAUGGAGAGGAUGAUGGAAUCGCACCAGACUCAUCUUCUGGUGUCGUCAAUGGACCAGAGCUACCUCCUGCCACAGAUGCUGCUGCUCAGAGUCCUGGUCCCAGGGAUCAAGCAUCCGAUGGUGACGCACUCGGACCAGACGAUUCACCAAAGGACAAUGCCGAGGAUUCAGCGGAUGAAGAAGACGACGAUUCAAACUAUGAAUUGCCCCUUUCACAAUGCGGCUUCAUUUCCGGCAAGUAUGAAGAAGAGGAAGAAGAACUUUCAGACACAGACACGUGUAUUCUCAAUCCGGAUGAUGAUUUCGAUGUGCACAUCUACUCCAAGCCACGAUUGGCUGAAAAAUUCAGAUUGGCGUCGAAUAAGAGAGUAGCGACGCUCAACGCAUUGAUCGUGAACCAAGCCAAUGUUCAUCAAGAUCAAAUCCAACUACGUGAUGACGCUCAUUCGGCCGCAAUGGAAGUCAAGAGGAGGCAACUUAGAAAGAAGAAGACGCAGGUUAGACAGUUGAGAGACCAGAUACAGAGACUCAGGGGUAACCGCGUACAAGAAACACCCUGGAUUGAGCUCAUGCGAGCAUACCUCCAAGGAAGAAGAGAGUGGGAAGAAGUCUUUCGCGCCUGCUGUCGCCAAUCAAACAUGUCUUUGGACCCAAAGAACGUUCAUCCAAACCUUCACUGGGCUGACGUUCCGGAAGCGCACGAUGCAAUAGACAUCAACAAUUUACUGUUUCCCGAUGAGGACGGUUACCAAGUCCAUAUGGAGAUUGAUGAGUCUGAAGACAUAGAGACCACUGCCGAAGUCAACGAUGCAGAAAUUGAAGGGUUUCCGUUUAAUCGACUGCCUGUCGAGGUCCAGCAGCAUAUCAUGGAGGAUCUCUUUGUAAAGCCUGGUAUCAUCCACUGCUUGUCACGACUGGACAAGCGACAACCGCCUGUUGCUGGCCAGUUCCCAUACCCGUGCUCGGGCACCAGCAAUCUCCCUCAUCGUUUCACGUACGGCAAUGUGCCCUGGUCCAUCAACAACAGCCUCAGACCAGAUCAUGUGCUGCAGCCUUUGUUGGUUUGCAAGCGAUGGCUUUACCUUGGAAUCCAUGCCUUUUACGGCUUGAAUACAUUUGCCUUUAGCUCCCUCGGAGAGUUUGGACGCUUCUUUAAAGGGAUCGGUAACCAACGAACUCAGCGUGUGGCUCAUGUUGAGCUGCACUGGCAGGGAAGCGUCAUGGCUGCUCAUAAAACCCGCAUCAACCAGCGUACCUUGCCUCUGAACUACCUGCCUCGCAUGUCAAGGCUGCAAACAGUGACCAUCUUCAUCGAAGAGUUCAAAGAAAGACGGGUUCGCCGAGCCUAUGAGUUUCCCAAGAAGCCCAAGCAGCCAAGUAAUGGAAACCAGGAGGAGGUAGACGACGACGAUGAUGAAGGGUUUCGAGCUCCUGGCGACGAAUAUGAUACCAGCUCUCGCUUGCAUGACUUUCGUAGAGAUCGAAUCAACAAUUUGGCUCCUCCGAGUUCGCUCCUCAAGCGCACUGCCAUCCAAGCAAACUGGCGUGGAAAUCGCAGCCUGAGAACAACGCACGGCAUGGACUAUGUCUAUGCCCUCCGUGGCCUACAAUGGGUCCGUGUUUAUGAGCACGACAUUAGUCGACAGCUCAUUCGCGACUUGACAUUCCUUGACGACGUGAACAAGGUAGUCACUUUGCCCAAGGACCCGCGACACCAGUUGGAAACAGAUCUCCACAGCCUUGCAAAUCCAAGAGGGCUAGAGACAUACAUUCCGGGAUUUGAAGACAAGGCCAUGGUUGCCAGGUUCUAUGAAACUGACCUUCUUCCGUCUGGCCACGAUAGCUCGGAUGGCGGCUCAGACUCGAGCCCAUCUGAUGUCACGUCGAGCCCAUCUGAUGAUGCAUCAAGCAUGAAUAUGGAUGAUCCUAUCCAUCUGCAAAGUGAUGCAGAGUCCCAAGGCCACAAUGCCCUCGAUCUCAUUGACGACAUGAUAUUUCCUGACGAUGUUGGCUAUCAAAAUAAGUCAAGUCUUGGCUCUGGAACAAAUUCGAGUCGUGGUUCGGAAAAUGUGCCUUUGCCACCGGUUGGUCUUGACAAUGACUCUGAUGAUCUAUUCAUUCUCCGUGGAUUUAUAUUCCCAGAUGAGCCUGGCUAUCGUCCGGGACCAGGAGCCGGCCCCUCUGACGAUGGCGAUUCCGACGACGGAGAUUCCGACGAUUCGGGAUCUGACGACGCUUCCAUAUUUAGUGAUUCUGUUCCAUUGGGCAGUUCUCUCACUACAGCUCCGAGCGACUUUGCAAGUAGAGACUCUCAAAUGCAGGUCGAUCAGACUGAAAAGGACUCGGACGAUUCAGCGGACAAUGAUGACAGCCUCUUUGUCCCUGCCGACCUAGACGAGACCGUCAAAGUUGAGGCUCAAGAGGUCAUUGAUCUCACUAUUGACAGUGAUGAAGAGGAUGGUGAGCUGGUGAGUGACACUCAAAGCGCCACGUCUUCCAGAACAAAGACCACUGCCUAUGCACCCAGCAUGUUCAGGAUGCCUUCCGUGAAGCAAGAGUUGAACAAUGGGAGGGACAAGCAAAAUGCCAUUGACUUGACUGGCAGCGAUGAUGAAGAGGAUGACGAAGCUGGAUCCAAUUCUACACGAAACCCGGCAAAUAUCAUUACCAAGCUCGCCACCCCUCCCAAGAACAUCAUUUACGACCAGGAUCACCGAGGCAACCCACGUUCCGAGCCAGUCAUACGUCAGAACAAUGAGGGUCCCAGCAAUGAGAAGCCCACGAACAAUGAGGAACGCUCGAACAGUGAAAAGUCUCUAAACAAUAAAGAGACCCCCAGCAAUGAGGAGACCCCGAGAAGUGGGGACGCUUCGGGCAAUGAAAAGUCCUCUAGCAGUAAGGAGACGCCGAAUGAAGAGACCCAAAGCAAUGAGAAGCCUCCGAAUAAUAAAGAGGUUCCGAGCAAUGAGGCUCCAAGCACUGAGGCUCCAAGCACUGACAAGCCCUCCAAUAGUGAGGAGACCCCCAGCAAUGACAAGCCCUCGAACAGUAAGAUCAACGAGACGAUUUCAGGUCCGACGAGCUCCACUCAGUCACAAUCCCCCAAGCAUGGUAUCGAGGAAGAUGGCAAUGAUGAUGAGGGUCACAAUGAAAAGAAAAGACGAGUCGGUUCGCCGACGCGACGCCUCCAGCAGCGUCGUAAAGGAAGGGCUACUGGCUUCAUCAUGUCUCCUUCUCCUUAG